AUGGGAGACUCCGAGGAGCUGAGAUACUUGAUAAGGCUUUUGCCUGAAUACAUCCGGAUCGGAGGAGAGAGGUAUAUUCUGUUUCGGAUGAACAGAGUUGCGGAUGUGGAUAGCUGGGCUGGCGCGAUGUUCUGCAGAAGAUGCCUCCACCUGUAUAUUCCUGUUGUGAAUAGCAGAAUGAGAUGUAGCGACGAGGUUUUGACGAUUGAAUGCUACGGAUGCGGCGGGAGAAGCAUGUUUGAUAGGAAUGCCUUUGAGCCUGCCCAGGAUCCUUCGCAGCACGGGGAGUCUGAGACGUUUGAAUACUACUUUGUGUAG